AUGACGAGGGAUUUUUUACCCGGGCUGCACGGGCGGUUCGGAAGCAGAGAAGGGACGAUCGGGUACGAGCUGUUUCUGCGGCAUCGAGCGUCGGAGGCGUUGACGCAGUGUUGGGAACCGAGCGGUCUGGACAAGUGGGCGGAACGCAUGGGGUACGGCGUGGUCGUGCCCGCGGCGUACGGAUAUAGCCGAAUUCGCCGCGGUCGACGAUAG